AUGCCCUAUCUCGGGAGUUGUGCCCGAGCGUCCAUUAUGAGCACUUUAGACGAUGACGAACAUUGCCCUGAGUUUGCCGACUCGGUAGAGAUUGAGGAGAAAGUGGACUUGAAGGGCGGCGAUGACACGAGUGAUGAUGACUCCGACAGUGAGGAGGAAGAAGGAGACUAUGGCGACCGCCAAUCCAGAGUGUCCGUCAAGGACCUUCUUGAAGAUAUCCUCAGCAGCAUUCAAGACGGGACAAGAGAUUUUUCACAGAACGACCAAUUUGCGAGCUUCAAGGCAGUUGACGGCAAUUACCUAGCUUCAAAUACGGGGGACCCACGUCAGCCCACGGCAUUGCACAUAAUGGCCGCAAUGGAGAAGAAAGCUCUUCCGAAGCUGGAUAGCAAAAUGGAACCGCUCAUCAAGUUUCUGACCCAGCACCGAGAAAACCUCUUGAAGGUGCAAGACCGGUCGGGCCACACGCCUCUGUUUCUAGCCAUCGAAGCAAAGAAGGAGAAGAUGGUCCAAUGGAUGUGUAGCUCACAUCCGAGCAUCAAUGACAUUCUCGCCAUCACAAGCAAUGACAAGAUGAACUGCCUUCAUGUUGGAAUUGACAAGAGGGUCAAGUUUCUCGAUCUUCUCAUCGACAGAGCAGAUCCUAGCACUUUGGCAGCCAAGGACGCUGAUGGCAAUACACCACUCCAUCUCGCUGUCGAGUACAAGAAAUGUAGAGAAGGUCAACUCUCCAUCGUUGAACGGAUUGUAACCAGGAGCGAUAAGGCAGUCCGGGAUGGGCUACCUGGUGGCGACUUCAACCGCGCGGGGCUUUCGCCAUAUCUACAUCACAGAGAAAGCGUGAGGAAGGCCGAAGAAAAGGACAAGGAGAAAACCAAGAAAAAGACAAAGGACGAGAGAGACCGCGAGAAGGAUCGGGAGAAGGACCGAGAGAAGAGUAGCGGUCGGAACCGUCCUGAUGCAGGCGGGGCAGAUGGACCACCUGCGAGAGAGGCGCCUGGGCAGAAAGGAGGAAAGCCGUCUUCCCCUAAACUAUCUGGUGUCCCCUUGAGCCAGAAUCCGGACGGAGCAACUCGUCCUGAUAGACGACUGGUCAUUCAAAUGGAAGCGCGCACCAAGUACGGAGGAGCGCAGCCUGUGGCCGCAGUAGGUGUCAAUUCACCGGUUGUGCCUGGACCGCCACCAUUCUUGGACCUAGAUGACGGCAAGAAGAUGGCACGCCAAGCGGAAUCUACAGCAAAAGGGGCUGCCGACGGGAAAGCCAACGUUGAUGCUGGUCAUAGAUCCUCAAGGGUGGAUAAGGCUACAGUGAAGGGGGUGGAGCGUUUUCUCAAGCUACACUACCUUCGCUCGCGAAGCUAUAAUGCAGCGAUGGAGAUCCUAUAUGGACGGAAUACAACAUCAGGUGAGUCGAUGGGGCUGAUUGGACCUGGUUUCGGCCGCCUGUCAAGGAAACUAAUUGAUCUCUCGACAGACCUAGAACUCUAUUUCGAUCUGUCCGGACACGGCAAUAUAACGCAAACAGGUUUUGAGAAUCUUUUGUCGAAACUGAAGUUCGAGGACAUUCUUCAAUAUGUAGCGAUUCCACGGAUCAGUGUCGAAGUCAACAUGAAUGCCGCGAAUAGUAGACGGUCUAGGAUCGGAAGCUCUCGAUCCUCCAAAUCGGAUGGCGACGGUAGACGAGAUUUGUGCUAUAUCUUUGAUCGGUUGCGAAAAAAGGGCGUCAAGACUGUUCUUAAAGUCAUCAUAGACGAUAUAGCCAUGCCAGCCCAUAGUGAUGAAGCCAUAGAAGAUGCUCUAAACCUCAUGGGCGUCGAGGUAUGGGACUGGAAGAAGACAGAUCUCUGCUCAGAAGUGAUCCAAAAAGUGGCCCCAAAAGUGCGAGAAGUCCACUUGUACUGGAGUGGCAACAAUGCAGUGCUCAGGGGCUGGAGUGAAGAAGGUGGUCUCAAACGGCUGACGGAACUCAGAACUGUCUAUCUUCAUGUUCAACAGGGCCUCGAAUCAAGCGCUCGCACACAAUUUAACGUCGAUCAGUUCUACGACCGGAUGAAGAAAUUGUACCCCGAGGUCACCAUAUUCAAGGAAGGCCCAGUCAUUCAACGAGAGGUGAAUGAUGCGAAUGCCAUGCGGACUGAAGGGGAUCAAACGGAGCACUCAACCAAGCACGAGUGGAUUCAGUGCAUGAAGGAAUUCAGAAAACUACUAUUCGAUGCUGAGAGAUAUUGCGAUCGCCAGAAAAUUGAGGAAAGCAUUGAAGAGCCGAUCAAGGUUGCCCUUAUUGACGACGGCGUGGAUGUCAAGGAUCUCGAGUAUACAUUCAUCGGUGGAAGGACGUUUUGCACACGUGACGAGCAACAUAACCUGAAUGACCCGUACUAUGUGUCGAGCACUGGACACGGAACCAUCAUGGCUAAACAGAUUCAUCUUCUGUGUCCACGGGCCCAGUUCUAUGUGUUGAGAUUGGAGGACCAUCCAUCUGAGGAGGCUGGCAGGCAAAUCACCGCAAAAAGUGCAGCUCAGGCUAUUCGAGCGGCUGUAAGGAAGGGAGUCCACAUCAUCUCGAUGUCUUGGACAAUCGAUCCACCCGAGGAUGAGGACGAGAGGCGAUAUCUUGAGGCCGCCAUUGUUGAGGCAGCCAAUGCAAACAUCCUCAUGUUUUGCUCGGCCAGUGAUAAGGGAGCCAAACAAAAUGCAACUUAUCCGGCCAAAGCAACGAGUAGAAUAUUUACUAUAGGUGCUGCCACGGCAUCUGGGGCUGCGGACGAGUGGGUAGGCAAUCUCACCAACAUCAACUUUACUUUCCCAGGUAACAAAGUCGAGCUGGAUGACGGUCCCACUAGCACUGGCGCAGCCCCUAAAGAGGUCACUGGCUCAUCCGUUGCGACAGCCCUGGCAGCCGGUCUGGCAGCUUUGAUCCUCUAUUGUGUUCAGAUUAGAGUAUUUCUCGCAAACGAACAGGAGAAACAAAAAGCCAGACGUGACUUCCAGGCCCUCAAAAAGCACGAAAAUAUGAUGAGAGCCUUCAAAGACAUUGGAACGACAGAAGCUAGUAAUCAUAAAUUCAUCGAGGUCUGGGAGGUCUUCGGGAAAAUGGUUCAAGAAAAGGACCGAUACGACCAGGAGAAAUGGAUUGAGCUUGUCGCUGAGGUUGGGACUACACUUUGUAGAAAAAUUUGA